AGUCAAGUCUUGUUGUGCAUCGCGCGUGGCGUUUGCGUCGUUGAAAUAUAACCACGAUAUAACGUGUCGUCGGCCGGUUUUAAGGCUUCUGUGUGACUCGAGUCUGAAACGGAGUCAAAAAGUUCGCCGUACAGCUUUCGGGGUAAUAAUCGAAACGGCGCUGCUGACCAGUCGUGGGCACAUGUAUGUGGCUUGCUGGUGGCUGUCUGGAGCGACGGAGCAGGUUGAACGAAACCGCCUUUCAAGGCCUGCAGUUCGAUUUGAGUAAGACACCCGGCAAUGGCGGCACCUCAGUUCAUCGCGACGGACUCUAUCGACGGCGUAUGGCCCUUCCUUCAGAGCAUCGAAUGGCGGGAUCCGUGGCUAGCGAUCCUCCUGACAUUUCACGUAGCAGUAACAACGACCGCUCUGAUGACCAGAAAUCAUGCAAAUUUUCAAAUACUUCUGUUCCUCAUAUUGCUUCUCCUUGUUUAUUUUUCCGAAAGUAUUAACGAGGCUGCUGCCACGAAUUGGAUGGUAUUCUCAAGACAACAAUACUUUGACUCCAAGGGUCUUUUCAUUUCCAUUGUAUUCUCCAUUCCAAUACUGAUGAACUGCAUGAUUAUGAUAGCUAGUUGGUUGUAUCAAUCCAGCCAGUUGAUGACGAGGCUAACAAGAGCUCAGCUGAGGGAGCGUACAAGAAAUCGUCUUGGCGACGGUGAUUCGACAAACACGAACGGUAAAUCAACGCGACAGAAACAGGAGUAAUGAGCGCAAGAAAAAUCUAGUCAGAUAUGAUGCAUAACUGUAUGAGAGAUAAAAAGGAAGAUAAAGGAAGUCAACGCCUAUCUACAUCGAGAAAUGGUACGAUACGAUAUGACGACGAUUAUAUUCUCUGACGAGAAUGAAGAUAGGUACUGUACGUGAUAAUUAUCUAUGCAUACUGAUGAUAAUUACUGUAAAAUAUAGAAGACGAACGAUGUGUGCGCGUGUGUGUAUUAUAUAUUGAUAAUUUUUUGCGGGUGAGAAAGGAAGAGUGAGAGAAAUUUCGAAUCAGGUGAAGAAGAAUGAAUCUUUGCGUCUGCACGUGUCGCGAUCAUGAAUUAAAUUUUCAACACACAAACUAAUGCUUACUUAUAGUCGCGUUUCAAUUUCUUUCUUCGCUUUUUACGGAAGGAAAUUAACAAAAAUAGAAUAAUAAUAUUAAGGCGAAAAAGUAAAUACAGUGACAUCACAACGGAUUGAAUAUAUCCUGCAACCUAGUUGAUCAUUUGAAAAUAGAAACACAGUAAUGAUAGCUGAAACGUUAAUGACGGCCUAGCGAGUCAUCCAGCUUGCAAGUUUUGUCCGAGCGUUCGCUUGAUCACGAGCGUGAUUCUUCGAUAUUAAGUCGUUCUUGGUUUGCCUAGUUCUGGUAGAGUUUGGUGAAUUCGGAAUAAACAGGCAAAUCGAAAGACGUAUUAGUGAUUUCUCUGAAUACUGUCUUUCCUGCGAAGUUGUUACGCGAUUUAAUUUGACUCGUUAUAACGCGUCGAUUAAUUAAUUAUGUUUAAUUAAGCGCGUUAAUAUUUCACGUUCACGUGUACAAUUUAUAAGCUUUGCAUAUUUGUAAGUUUGGACGAAAAUGCUUAAUAUCGUUAACGGAUUGAAUGCUUGUCAUUUCGUUUUCAUCUUCGCUUAUAAUAUUUUAUACGCAUUAUAAAAAUAAUUACAAAUCAUCUGCAUAAUAAAUUAUCUGCACAUACAUUCCCGUGACUUAUAUAAUACGAUAUGAGAUCAAAGUUCUUUUUAUUUGUUCUGUAGAAAAUUUGGAUUUGUUUCUGUGAGAGAAUGGACUUAGUUGAUGUUUGUCUGUGCUGAUUGUUUCUCGUGUAUGAUUGUUUGUUACGAAGAAAAAUGAAUAAACCAAUAGACGGACAGAAGUAUUUUCACUGAACUCUAUUACGGAGUUUAAGGUGGUACUCUUUAUUUUAUCAAAAGGUUUGCGCGAAUGUGUAAAGGGGGGAAUGUACUUAUGUAUACAUAUGUAUAUUUAUACUAAUAGAUCACGUGUGAUAAUAAAUACGAUACGACCUACCUAUAAUGUAUUUGUCGCUACAAUAUUUGUAUAAUGUGAUUGUAUUAGGAGUGGAUGAUCGAUGUGGUGAUUUAGACGAUCUCGCGAUAAUAUUUGGAAACACGGAAGAAUUAAAAAAAAUUGUAUUUGUAUCAACAAUCCCAUUUCCCUUAAUUUCUUUUGUUUUAUUUGUUACUACGAUUACUAGUGUAAUAUUAUAUUAUGUAUUGUAAAUUUACUCAUCACGCAUUUUCUUGCCUUGCCUUGACAACAGUAAACCAUCCGACUGCAAUCAUAAAGAUCUAUUUGUAUUUAAUAUGAUACAUAUGUCACUGCUAUUGUUAUAAGCCUUACAAAAUUAUGUAACAAAAUAUUUGUAAUAACCCGUAUUAGGUAUUAAAAAUGUGCCAGAUAUAAA